CUGCAGCAGAAGCAGUGGAGCUCACUGUGUCCUGGAUCACUGGAGAUGGGCUGAGGCAGAGAGGACGGACCCGACAGCACCGACACCAACGGACCCUGAGCGCCGCAGUCACAGAAGGGAAGGCUCGGGAAUUCUUCCCGGUCCCACUUUCCCCCGCUCUUCUCCCACUGGCUCCUCUCCACUCCUGGCCCCAGCAGGCCAGGGAAUGUCCCGGCAGCGAGAUGCCUUACGUGGACCGACAGAACCGCAUCUGUGGCUUCCUGGACAUCGAGGAGAAUGAGAGCAGUGGCAAGUUCCUGCGCCGUUACUUCAUACUGGACACACAACAGGGAAGCCUGGUGUGGUUCAUGGACAACCCGCAGAACCUGCCUGUUGGUGCAGACUGCGUUGGUUCCCUCAAGCUCACCUACAUCUCUAAGGUCAGCGAUGCCACUAAGCUGAGGCCUAAGGCAGAAUUCUGCUUUGUCAUCAAUGCGGGGAUGAGGAAGUUCUUCCUGCAGGCCAAUGAUCAGCAGGACCUCGUGGACUGGGUCAACGCUCUCAAUAAAGCCACCAAAAUCACUGUGCCAAAGUUGUCCGAUGGCCAGCAGAAUUCAGAGAACCAGAAGGCUCUGCCAGAUGUCGCAGGACCCAAGAAACAAGUCUCCUAUAAGACAGAGAUCAUAGGAGGAGUCCCCAUCGUCACCCAGACACAGCACGAAGGUGGCGACGGUGCAGACAGAGCGGAGCGUGAGGCCAUGCAUCGUUCUCACAGCCAGCUGCCGUACUUUCUGGGCAGGCCGGCUCAGGAGCACACCGUCAUUAAGUCAGGCUAUUGCGUCAAGCAAGGAGCUGUGAUGAGGAACUGGAAACGGCGAUAUUUCCUACUAGAAGAAAACUCAAUGAGUUACUUCAAGUCUGAUUUGGAGAAAGAGCCUCUGAGAAUGAUCCCACUGAAGGAAGUUCACAAAGUCCAGGAGUGCAAACAGAGUGACAUUAUGAUGAGAGAUAAUCUGUUUGAAGUCGUCACCACAUCAAGAACAUUUUACAUACAGGCGGACAGUCCAGAGGAGAUGCACAGCUGGAUCAAGGCUGUCUCAGGGGCCAUUGUGGCCCAGCGGGGGCCUGGGAGGUCUGCUGCCACAGAACAUGGCAGCCGUUCCACUUUCUACCGCAGCCCCACGGGCCCCCCCGUCCCUCGCUCGCCCAUAUCUGCCAUGCCACCAUGCUACCCAGAGUGGGGCGCUGCUGUCACGUGCGGCACACGCUCGCAGCCUGGCGUGGGACAGCGAGCACUUCAUGAGCCUUCUGCCGCGGCCAAGUCACAGCCACACGCCAGCACGCCUGUCGCUGCAGGAGACGCACCUGGCGAAGUGACCCGCGAACCACCUGUGACCACCAUCACCAGCUCGGAGGAGUCGCCGUGGCGACGGCGGAGCAGCUUUGAGCCCCACAUGCCUGAACCACCCCGGGACCUGGAUGACGCAGACCUGCCAGUGAGUGAGGUCUGAGCCGUUGAACUGGACAUUAAAACGUGUUUAUCUGGAUGGAUGUUGACAGAGAUGCCAUGAAUACAGUGGAAACAAUGCACAACAGGUGUUUAAAAAAAGGGCAGGCAAUGGUUUUCCGACCAAAGCUGUUGGCGGAGGACGGUGAACAACAUCAAAAACUCACCUUUAGAGCUCCUCCAUCAGUGCCGUAAAGUGUGCAAGAGAAAAACAAGUUGGGUCACCACUGAACUGCACUCGUGUGCCAAAGACGACCCAGUCUUCACCCACACCCCUCUGCCUGUCUGCUGUCGCAUUUACAACGCUGUAUUUAUUUACUAAGAGCUGAUGUUGUGAAACAAAACUACAAAUUUUAGUUUACUUGUGCUGAUUAGAUUUCAGUGACAGAGCUUUAUUUUAACCUGUACAGGCAAAGCGAUGUGUUCAGUGGUAUUUUGUGGGUGGAGGAUUUUUGUAAACCACUUUGUUCCAAGAAAAUAAGGGUGCAGUGUGUUUCCGUAUUUUUGAAGAGUGCUCAAACUGAGUCCUGGCUUUUCAUCAUCUCUCUAUAGUCUAAUUUAAACGGUGUGGUCCAUUCAUACACUCACUAUUGUAACACUGGAUUUGUCUACUAUUGUUGGCCAGUGUUAGGGAAAUGGGUCAAGCUUAGUCUGAGAUCAAACCCUCACUAUAAUGCAAAUGAAUAAUAUAAUUCAAACAUACUGGGUUGGUCUAGAACUGGAUGCGAAACAUUGGAAAUAUAUGUGUAUGAUCCAUGUGUAUAAUAAUGCAAGGCCAAAUGUAUUCCAGCCACAUUUAGUCUGAUUUUUUUUUUUUUUUUUCCUUUUUUUUUGGCCAAACCUUUGAUUUAAACUUUUAUUGUUUAAUACAUAAAAGGGUUGAGGUCAGUUUUUUAAUUAUAUAAUGGUGUUCUCAGCUGAAUUAGCUUACAUGUAAAUCUACGGUUUUUACCUCUGGUUGUAAAGUGAGAGUACUGUGCAGAGGCGCAAAAGAAAAACAAAAAAUUCGGAAGCUAUCACAGUACAUGCAUCACUUCACAACCUGAAUCAGCGUCUUUGCAAACUACAUUUCAGCCCACCAGACUUUGUGGACUCGCGUUUGUGACACUGCCUGACGUGGGAACGGAGCAACAGUGUUAUAAGUAAACAAGAAAUACAAGACAUAAGCUUGUAAGCAUUUUGUAAUUCAUAGAAAUAAAAACUUCAGCAAUAGGCUGGGUCAUUUAUAGAUAAGCUUCGUGUCCUGACAGACUGGGUAAUGACAGGUUUACAUGAAUGAACUAAACCUGCAGUCCAAGUUUGAAGAUGAUUAGACUACAUAAACACCUUGCAAAUAUUUUGGAUCAUAAUUUAACAGAAAAAAAUAUUCAAACUCGGACACUUUCAUUGCAUGUUAACAUGUCAAUGACUCCUCAGAUUGUCUUGCCUUUUAGUUUUUGUUUAUCUACGGCUGCUGUGUGUUGUGUGUUUGCAGAAUAGAGCUGUGUGCAGCAGAAAUAUUUUUUAUAUGCUUUUAGAUGUUUCAUGAUCUUAUUCCUUAUACCUGUGUUGCCAUCCCAUUAGCAGGCAGUUGCCUCAUGGUUUUAUUUAAAAAUGUCCCACUUUAGUCCUGCUAAAUAAUACACACUAAUCUUUUUUUUAAAGUGCCUGCAUCAUUUCAGCCCAACAAAGCCAAUCUACUUUACCCCUGUUCAGUGUGGUGUAAUUGGUUUGAAUUGUUUCUAUUUAUUAUACGGAUGACUUGAAAGAAAUAAACACUGAAAAUGUGCACGGGUUUCCUGGAGUAUCAUUCAGAAAUGUGCCUAUCCAUCUCCAAAGAGUACAGUUAGUCUGUGAGGAUAAAAUGAGACCUUUAGUAAGUCAGGGAAGAAAGAAAUUCCCCAUCGCCGCACUCUCAUCUUCAUUUGGUUCUUUAGUUCUCCGGUGUGGCUGCUCGACCACUCAUCAAGGCUCCUUCUGCCCCCUCGUGGUGAGAGAAAAAUCUGCACCUGGUUCACAGGCAUUGGCAUGCUACAAAUGAGAACACAGUGCUGUACCAGUCACCAGUUAUGUACUUAUCAGCGACAGGAUGAUUUUAGUUUAAAGAAUGGAAAUAGGUUCCAGCCAUCUACAAGAAUGAAGUCAGAGUAAAAAAAAUCAGUAGAAAAUACGAGAAAGCAACAGCAGACGCUUCAGAGCACCGAGCAGGAGAAGAAUGAACAUUUACCGUUGCCACCCUGCAAAAAACUAGACUAGGCUGGAAACACAAAACUUAACCAAACCUUCGAAAUGUUUUUCUCUUUCUGUCCACAUUUCUCUACCCAACACAUUAAAAUGUGAUGUGAGGCUUUUUCAUUUUGAGUAUUGUUACUGUAAUUAAAACCAGGGCACAAUAUAUAUUGUGAUUUGGCAAAUGUUUAAAAAAAAAAGUAUUUAGGUCUAAAACAAAAACUUUUAACAAUUCAGUUAGAUUUUAAUGGUAGUAUUGAAAUUUGAUAAAUGAUGAUGUUGAAUUACAUUGGAUCCCAAGUUAAGAGCAGGCCUUGCUCUUGCUGUGUACAAUAUCAUGUAUUACCAGUAUCAAUAAGAAAAAUCUGCUUUUCUCAUUAUGCUCACAGUGGCGGACGACAUACCGAACUCCAAACAAAAGUCCUGCAUUGGAAAUAGUAACUGAAUAAAAGUACCC